CAAGGAAAAUGGAAGAACGUAUAUGUCAUUAAGGUUAAGGUUAUACAAUAUUAUUUUGUUAGUCGAUUUGUUUACAAUUCGACUAUUUUUUCUUAUAAGAAAUAUUAGUAAAUAAUCCAACGAGACUUCAUAUGUAGAAGAGUGUUUAAUACGGCACAACAUUUGUUGCCAAGAUGAGUAAAAUGUAUACAACCGCCAACCUCUCUGACAAAGAGUUAAAAGAAGAAGGAAAUCGACUUUUCAAUCUUCACAAAUAUGAGGAUGCUGCACACUGCUACACCAAAGCAAUUAUUAAAAAUCCAACCCAAGCACUAUAUUUUACGAACCGAGCGCUGUGUAACCUGAAAUUGAAACGAUGGGAAUCAUCCUGUCUAGACUGCAGACGUGCUCUCGAUAUCGAUCCAUGUCUGGUGAAGGGUCAUUUUUUCUUGGGUCUAGCUCUUCUUGAAAUGGAACUCUUCGAUGAAGCUGUGAAACAUUUACAAAGAGCUGUGGAUUUGGCCAAGGAACAAAAGUUAAAUUAUGGAGAUGAUAUGACCAGCAUUUUAAGGCAAGCACGAAAACGUUGUUUUCAAUUGAGAGAAGAACAGAGAAUUGCUCAAGAUAUUGAAUUACAAUCAUAUCUGAAUCAAUUGAUAGUAGAAGAUGCUGAACGAAGUUUAGCUGCCUUAAAGGAACAAGAAGCAAUUAAAGAUGUAGAUAGUAAAAGUGAAGGAGAAGCCUCAUCUAUUGAAUUUACAAGGAAAAAAGAAGAGAUAGAAGAAAAAAGAGAUACAUGUAUGGCUCACCUUAAUGAUUUAUUUGCAAAAGUGGAUGAAAGAAGAAGGAAAAGAGAAGUACCUGAUUAUUUAUGUGGAAAAAUUAGUUUUGAAAUUUUACAAGAACCUGUAAUAACGCCAAGUGGAAUUACAUAUGAACGAAAAGACAUUGAAGAACAUUUACAAAGGGUGGGACACUUUGAUCCAGUUACUAGAGUUCGUUUAACUCAGGAUCAAUUAAUCCCUAAUUUAGCAAUGAAGGAAGUAGUUGAUACAUUUCUACAAGAAAAUGAGUGGGCAUUAUAUUAUUAAUUUGUAAAAUUAGGUUACUGCCAUAUUUCUAUGAUAAUUGCAUAUAUCAUGAUUAUUUUUGGGUCUCAUUAAUUUACAUAAAUGUGUAUAUCAUUAUCUUGUAAACAGUAAAUAGAUCAUAUAUCUAUAUAAAGUUGAAUUCAAUUUUUUCUAUCAAUUUGAUGUAAUUUAGUUUGUUAUUUAAACAAUUGUUGAUUAAUUAAAUAAAAUUAACUAAAAUUAAAAAUAAGAAUAAA